UCGUAAACGCGUGAGAGGUGUCGUGACUCGUAAGCGCGAAGCCGGAGCGGACAGAGUCGGAGCUUUUUUUUCUCUUCCGUGGAGAUCUAGAGUGGAAAAAAAAAAGAUAACAAAAGAAAAGAAAUCGCAGUCGGGGUUUAAAUUCAGGAGAUAGAAAUGCUUUUUACUCGGUCAGAGGAAUAAAACAGGAUUCCCGCCGUGAGGGUGACGGUUAAAGCACAGUGAAGGACUGAGGAGAUGAGAGACGGAGCGGAGUUGAGGAAUCGGUUGCAGAGUUGAUGAAUCGGUUACGGAGUCGUUUGGUGCGUAGGUGACUCCUGAGAAGGAUGUCCGAUGCUAGAGAGUGAAUUUAGUCUUGAGCGCCAGACAUGGGGUCAGAAAAUCUUGAGGCCAGCGGCAUGAGUCAAAGGCCUCACUGCCAACAUGGAUCAUUAUAGGUGACAAAUACUGAUGAUGAAGCAUGUAACACCAGGAUGUUUGGGACCGUGGCAUUAAGGAAGACUAUACUGUACCGACCCUCCUCGUGCCACUGCUGUUCAGCAUGAUGCGCCUGCUUUCGCUGAAGCUUGCCCGCGUUUACCGGUGCAGCAAGUUCCUUUUAAUCGCAGCUCUGUUUGUCGUCUUGCUCAUGAACACCCACAACUUGCUGGCCUCUUUCCAGAGGAACGAGCUUACCGACCGCCGCUUCAUCGGCCUCAACAAGUGUCCGGCCUGCUUCGGGACCAGUUGGUGUCGCAAGUUCACAAAUGGCCAGGUGACCUUCGAGACAUGGGGAAGACUUCGUUUUCUGGACUUCUUUAAUGUGAAAAACGUUUACUUUGCACAGUAUGGUGAACCCCGGGAAGGCACACGGCGGGUGGUGCUCAAACGCCUGGGCUCCAACGCAGAACUUGCAGAGAUCGAUCAGAAGAUUUGCAAGAGGGCCACGGGAAGACCUCGCUGCGACCUUGUCCAAGCCAUGUACAAAACGGAGUUUUCCCGACUUAACGGGGAUGUGAGGUUGCUGACUCCGGAGGUGGUGGAAGGCUGGUCAGACAUGGUGCACUGCCCCUCCCAGAGACUCCUAGAUCGGGUUGUGAGGAGGUACGCCGAGACCAAAGACUCUGGAAGCUUCCUCUUGAAGAAUCUAAAGGACACCGAGAGGAUGCAGCUACUGAUGACACUGGCGUUUAAUCCGGAGCCUUUGGUGCUACAGAGCUUCCCCUCAGACGAGGGCUGGCCUUUCGCCAAGUACCUGGGUGCGUGCGGGCGCAUGGUGGCCGUAAACUACGUGGGCGAGGAGCUGUGGAGCUUCUACAAUGCCCCCUGGGAGAAGCGCGUGGAUUUGGCCAAGCAGCUGAUGGACAUCGCCGAGCAGCUCACCAACAACGACUUCGACUUCGCUCUUUACCUGCUCGACGUCAGCUUCGACAACUUCGCCGUCGGCCCACGUGACGGAAAAGUCAUCGUGGUGGACGCGGAGAACGUCAUCGUGGCCGACAAGAGGCUGAUCAGGCAGAACAAGCCGGAGAACUACGACAUAUGGUACGAGAGCCGCUACGAAGAAUGCGAUAAAGAAGCCUGUCUUUCGUUUUCCAAGGACAUCCUGUGCUCGCGGGUCACCGUCGACCACAAUUACUACGCAGUUUGCCAGAAUCUGCUGUCUCGCUUCGCCACGUGGCGCGGCUCCACCGGCGGCCUCCUCCACGACCCGCCCCCUGACAUCACCCAAGACGGCCAUCUUGCAGCGCUGCUGGACGAAUGCGCCCGGCCUCGGAAGCACUAUGGACGUUUCCAGGCAGCCAAGGAACUGCGCGAGUACCUGACACAACUGACAGAACAAGCUAGCGCUAAGAGGUAGUACACGGAGAGAGGCGGACUUCCUCCGCCCCGGGACACAGCGGAUAUAAAAUCAGUCUCGUUAAAGUGAAGCGGCCGUGCUCUGAGACACUUUUAUUUUUAUUUUAUUUUUUUUUUUUUUGGAACUGCUGCCUGCUGAAAGUUGUAGCAUUGAUAGAUGCUAAUUAAAGGAGUUUUGCACAUGGGCCUGGCUGUGAGCACUGAGUGAAGAGCUGCAGUGGUGUGUGUGUGUGUGAUGUUGCGUCGAUUCUAAUACAGGAGCCUUGUUAUCGGUAAUAGGGGGGUGUAAUACACACUUGCUCCGUCUGGCCUCUGAUCACGAUCCUCUAACGACGUUUAUGUUUAAUUUAUCGAGGCUCAUGUAGAGGAAUGACCCCAAAGCAGAGUCCCAGGUUCACAGAAAAAAAGCCUUGUUUUGUUUUUAGUGUUUAUCAAGAGAGGUCUUUUUUUUUUUUUUUUUCCAUGUCGGGGGAAAAUGUUGCAGGUUUUUUUUUGUUUGUUUGUUUUUUGAAAAUGUUGAAUUUUUACCCAUCCUCAUUAGGACACAUUAUCAGGGCCCUAUGAGUUCUGCGGGACGACAAAACCGAGGCACUGAUUGCAGACAUGCAGUAAAUGCAUCCCAUAAUUCCCUGUAUGUGAAAAAUUCAAACGAGUACAAUAUUUCAGCCAUUCGAAUAUUUUGUCCGUAUCGCUAAUCGAACUGAAAUGUACAGGAAAUCACAUAAAAUGAGGUAGCUAACGACGUUGGGAAUAACGAUUAGCACCAUGGAAUAACGAUCAGCACGUAAUAAGUUACACUAGAUGUAACCUACGCUAGCUAAAAACAAACCAAUCUGAAACGUUUUACGUUACGAAGCUAAGCGGAUCUCAUAGGACCCUAUGUUAGCAAAACCCUUGUGAUGUAUGCAAAAGAAGAUACCAAAGAAAUUUAUUUUUCAUUUUAAUAAUUACUUUUAUGGCUCAAGAAGAUAAGUACAGUUUUCUUUUCCAAGCUGUAACCGUGUACCGACGCCGGCCCAUACUUUUGUUCUAACAUCAAGUAACCCUUGCACUACAAAAUGAGCAGCGAGUUUACAGAGGUGACUCGCACUACAUGUCCGGUCGUCGAAUUCAGAGCCUUUUCAACGUGGUGUCAUUUUUGUUGUUUUGAUUAUUUUGCUCCAUAGAUUCAUAUGUUACUGGUGUGUGAUUUUUCUUUCUUUUCUUUUCUUUUUAUGUUCCUUGCAUUGUUUUCAGUCAUAUCCUCUGUGCCCUUCAAGGCUACUCAGUAAAUGUGGUCUUACUGUGCCUUCAGUCUUUACAACUCGAUUAAAAAACAUUAAAGUUUGUUCUAAAUCA